CGGUACUUGGGGAUUUUCUCUUGUAUCCUUAGCAAGGACUUGCUUUACCGCCUGCACGUCAGGUAAGCCUUUAAAUGCUUGCGGAGCCCCAGGGCUGGGCGCCAGCCGCAGGCCCGCCGCGCCCGUUAUUCCCCCGCAGGCCGGCGGCGCCUUGCCCGGCCCCGCCCCGGCGGCCUGUGACCGGCGGGCUGCCGGGGCCGGCCUGCCUCGCCCCACUGGGCGCCGGUGCGAGCGGCUUAGGGCGGCGGAAUAGGCGUUACCCGGCGGCGGCCGGCCCAAGCCCGCCCUCAGGCCCCGGCAUGGCGGCGGCGCGGCCGGCGCUGGCCCGGGCCCUGCUGCAGCAGUGCGUCUCUGCCCGGCUGCAGGUGAAGCCGCCCGAGGGCGGCUCCGAGGCCGAGUGGGUGGAGAUCCAGAGAGGGCUUGUUAUCUACAUAUGCUUCUUCAAAGGUGCUGAUGAGGACCUUGUUCCAAAAAUCGUCAAUAUGCUGCUGAAUGUUAAACUGAGUGAAAAUGAAAGCGGUGAGUAUGUUUCUAUUCUAGAUUUACCAGGCAAUGUGCUCAUCAUACCACAAGCUACCUUAGGUGGUAAACCAAAGGGAAGAAAGAUGCAGUACCAUGCAAACAUUGAAAAAGAAAAAGGGCUGGAACUUUAUUCUCAAUUUGUGACUUUGUGUGAAAAAGAACUGGCUGCCAAUGCCAAGUGUGUAGAAGCAGGUGUUCUCAUCAAGCACGGCACAUAUGGAAACAGGCAGGUGUUAAAACUGGAUACAAACGGACCUUACACUCACCUGAUUGAAUUUUGAAAAAAUAAGUUAUAUCCUGGAUACAGUACUGGCUUGCAACAGUUGCCUUUUUUUUUUUUUUUCAUUUCAAAGCAUUAAUGUACUUAAAUGGUUUGGGAGAUACAGUGUAAAAAAGACUUUCACUCAUCUGUACUGGUGUUGCCAAUCCCACUAAAUAGAAGGAUGCCUGAGACUGCUUUGCGAUAAUGAGUAUGUGUUUUAUGUCCACAUUUGUCUGAAGUGUGCUCAAAAUAAUUGUUAAUAUUGCUCCAAUGAAGCUGUAUAAUUUGGAAGGUUUUUUAACAAAAAUGGAGUAAUGUAUACAUUUCUUACUACAAAAUAAUGACAAAGUAUUACUUUAUUACUUUAUUAGCUGUUGUGAAGAAUGCUUGCAGAAGCCAAGUUUAUAGGUUUAAAAAAAAGAAUGCUGUAGAUGUACUUAUUUGUUCUCAGAUUUCCUGAGCCAGACAAUUUUUGUCUUUCUGUUUUCUGUCUAUAAAAUAGCAAUGUUCCCUAGCUAACAAAUAUAUUGAAAGCACAAAUUCACUGAAUUUUUAGCCUCUCAGAGAGCAGUUACUAAAUAAGGAAGUCCAUCCCCCUCAUCCAGAGGGUGUAGGGGUGGGACACUUAAGGUGGUACUAGGACUGAGCAUGGGCUAUACAGGGAAGAAAAAGUGAGGCACAUCUAGAAACUGAAGUUAAGGCUGUACCAGCAAACUGCUUGCUUCAGGUUGGCACUCGGAAAUCUCCUCUGGUGUGUUUUGAUAGGCUGUUUGCUAUAGCUUGGUCCAUGUCCUUGUUAUCUUGGAGGUGUUGUCUACUCAGUUCUUUCAUAACAGAGCUUCAGGAAAAGGACUGAAAUAUUCAAAUGAAAACAAAAAUAAAAAUGGUAUGGUGUAUGCUGCCAUCUCAUUAUUCCCUCUGCCCCUAUUGCUUCCUUCCAGUUUUUUGUCUAUUGACUCCACCAGACGGAGGCUAGCAUAUAUUUCUCCUCUUUACAGUGUCGGCACAUUUGGGGCCCCAUUCCCAGCUGACCCCCUAUGCAGUACCAUCAUAAACACUAUUAACAGAUGGUGUUAAGAAGAUAAAAUGGGAAAUUCUGUCCUGUGAGGCAGUAAGAACAGAACAGCUACAUUUAAAUGUGGCAAAUUCAAAACUGAUUCAAGUGCAUUCAUCCUGUGAGUCAAGUUCCUCCUUUACUGAAGCAUCAUGUUUUUUAAGUCAGUAAUUUAGAAGGGUUCAAAGUGAAAUUAGACAAUUAUAUGGUUUGCAGUAAUUAUCCAGAAUUUCCAUUUAAAUAAUAAAUUCUUCUGGAAAAGAUGUAAAACUGCAUGGUUAGCGAGCACGCCAGUUUGUGCAGUCUUAAAUUGUAGGUCAGUAGCUACAAAUAUUGUGUCCUUAUUUUUAUUUAAAAAAAAAAACCAUAAACUGAAGGUGUAAUCUGCAGGCUCAAACUAUGCCAUGAGGAUCUUUUGGUUUUUUAACAGAUACAAAGUUCAUAGUUUUUAUAUGAGAGUAAUGAGAUUUUUCAGAUUAACAUAAUGUAUGGUUAAUAAUUAUGAAAUACCUAAGGAUGUUGAGUUCCUGGCAACUGGCGCUCUCACAGUUCAAAACAAAUAUUCACACAAAUGUCCUGGAAAUAUUAGCUAGGUCCCAAAUGGCAUAUUUAUUCAUUAAUAAUUAACAAUUAUGAUAGACACCAUAUGAGUCAUGUUCAAAGUUCCUACUAGCGAUGUUUAAAUAAGACUGUCCUGAUGUGAAUAACUAAUACAAAUUCAUUAUGAUCCGUGUGCUUGAAAAAUCUUUUCUUACUCCCCUUUCUAUUGGAUGCCAAAUCCUAAUAAGUGCUGAGUAAUACCGCUUUUCACUGACCUUACAGGAAUUGCAGGUAUUCAGUAUAUCUCAAGAAUUGAUCCAUUGAGGUAUAAUACAAAGUCUGCAGUUUUUUUGUUGUGGUUUUGUUUCUUUUUUCCCUGGCUCCAGAAAGAUCUUUGGCAGCCUGGCAAUUCACUUGCUGUAUUUCAAGAACUCUGCAAGUUCUAAGAGGGAUGAGUUUGAAAAUGUUUAGUGAAAACCAGACUUCAGACCAAACUCUGCCUCGUACUGACCUCUUAUAUAAAACGCAUACAAACUUCUGUAUAUUUCUGUGGUUCUUGGGAUAAGACAGAAUUCUGGAGUUUCUCUAAAAAGGUGGCAUCUCUGUGUAUUAUCUGCGCGUUUCUGAUUUAUUCGUGUAUCCACUUUGGCAUACUGAUUUCUGCUGUCUUCUGCUCCAACGAUUGGCAGCUUGUUGAAUGCUGUGCCCUUUGUACUGCUUUAUUUAUAUCUACUAUUGAUUCACAAUCCAUUUACUGAAAGAAGCCAUUUCUGAAUAACAUGGUGGACCAUACUGAUGACAAAAUUGAUUAAAAUUAUUUUUUUAAAGCCAAA